CGGUUUCGUGUCCGAGUCCUCGUACAGCUGUGUAGAAGUAGAAAGUGUUCCUCUAUGAACCAUUUCCUAUUUUAAUUAGUUAGCCUUUAAACACUCACGCGCAAUUAGCGUAUAAGCAGUGCCUUUAUUUUGUUAAGUGUUUGGUGUAGUUUUGUUAGAUUGUAACCCUCAUGGUAAGGCAGCUGUUGCACAAACAGAGUGAUGGAAACAUUAUGGAGAGUAAGCACUACCGUGCUUCAUGGAGUCCUGGACAGCAUUAAGGGCAUAACGGUGGUGUUCUAUUUGGAUAAGGAAGCCAAUCGUAGGUACACACAAGCCAGCACAAAACCACAUCUUGGCAGUGCGCCGCCCCGAACCAAGGAAAGCCUUUCAACUCAACAGCAUCCAUCAUCAAAUCAACUUGUCUCCAAGCGCAUCGACGAAUCAAAGGUGCUAAAACGUGUAGUACAGUGCUCGAUGCUAAAUGGAGGUAUUUUCCUGUUCAGCAUCCUGUCCUUCGAGCACAUUGUUUUACCCGGACUGCACCUGUUACUGUGGUAUCUGUUUCAAAACUCAACCACCUUAACGACCGUCUGGGGUUGGAUGCAACCAUCUCUCUCAUUGCUAUUCAACUCAUUCUGGGUGGCACCCCUAUUUUUGCUUAGCAAAAUUGUCAACAGUCUCUGGUUCCAGGAUAUUGCCGACUCGGCGUACAAGUUCCGCAAGGGGCGCCCGCAGUUGAUACCGAGUAUCAGCAAACUCAUUGCCGACACGCUCAUCAGCCUGCUCAUACAGAUCCUAUUCCUGCUGCAGAGCACGCUGGUGAAGUACCUCCCGGUGCCGGUCCCGUUUGCUUGCACGGCGAUCUACAUGGUUCACAUGAGCCUACUCUGCUCACUGUACGCGUUUGAGUACAAGUGGUUCAACAUGGGAUGGGAGCUGCACAAACGGCUCACUUACAUCGAGCAGAAUUGGCCGUACUUUCUCGGGUUCGGAUUACCACUGGCCAUCCUGUCCGAGCUCCCUAAUUCGAUCGUGAUCAGUGGUUGUGUGUUUUCGGUUCUGUUCCCGCUGUUUAUUAUCAGCGCCAAUGAAGCCACCCCGAGGGUGGAUGUGUGCGAAACACCACUGAAACUAUUCUCCAUCGUGGUUGCUCUCACGAACACACUGUUUCGCGGUCGAUCCAAGCAGGGCAAAGCUGCCCUUUCGCAGCCACUGACGCCCCAAAGUGGUGGGCCAAACAUCCGAGGCCUAACACCUCCCCUGGCGCCUUCCAAUUCAUCCUUUUUACUCCAGCAGCAACAGCAACAUCGGCAGCAUCAUCAGCAUCACCAUAGCCGGCACCAUCAUCGAACGCACCAGCGCCAACCAUCACCGUCGCCCUCGGCGGCUUCCUCGUCGUUUGCCUCCUCGGCAUCCGUUUUGACUGCCCAACAACAUCAGCACCAAACGAUACUGAACCGACCGCUCAGGCGAUAGUUUCGCCUACGACGUCUUCACUGCUUCGCCCAUUUCAAAACGAUCUCUCUAUCGCCGCGAGAUCGAUACAACGACAUAGGUUUAAAUGGAGCAAGAACAAGCGCAAACUGAACCGACAAGCGCUUAACGGCAAUAGGUUACGUUUGAAAAAUUCACUGAUGAACCCCCGUCUUGGUCCAGAAGAGGUUUGGGGAAUUUCUGUACCAUUCGCUUAUAAAAUCAACUGGCAUAGCGACCACCUUUAUGAUUGUGGUUACCAUAGCAAUUUCUUUAUCGUUUAAAGUCACAUGACCGAGCAGAACUUUUACCUAAAUACCUAAUAACUAAUAGCAACUAACUUUUAACGCACGAUACAUACUACUAACAAACCGACUGCGCUUUUCAUGUAAAGUUGUACAGAUAACAAAACAGAAACAUAGAACAAAUAUAGGGCGUAACGAUUUCUAUGAGUUUCUUUAAAAACAAAUUCUCCAACGAUAAUAACGUACUUAUACAAAAAUAAAACUGGACUGAGAUAAGUGGAUAUGCGAUCAGGAACACGAGGUUAAGGAACAGGGUUCUCGGAAGCCGCGUUUGCUUUAUUUUUUCCUUUAGAGAGAAAUACGCGUGGUUCCGGGUAAGUAGGGAGAAAGA